CAACUUGACAACUGCCAGCUUCGAGUGCCAACAUCUUCCACCAUGCACCUUGAUCCCAGCCUGGAUCAUUCAACUGUCAUGGUUAAUCGAGUGUAUAGGACUCGCCUGCCCGAAAUAAGGACCCCUACUUGAAUGAUAGAAAGGCGUCAACAUUUGCGGUCAUGCUUAGCUGGAGCUGCGUGGGAGUCGGUUCGCUCAUUAGAAAUAUCUGGUGUCAAUUAUCGUGUGGGACUGGACAUCCUAAAUAAGCGCUUUAAUAAUAAACGUCUUGUUUUCAAGGCACACAUCAAGGAAAUUAUUGGGCUCAAGAGACUCGAGUCUUCGUCUGCAGUGGCCUUGCUGGACUUUUCGGACAAAAUUAUUUGGCAUAUGCGAGCGCUUCAGGCCUUGGGAGAUUUAAAACAAAUCUCAGGUUGCAUGGUUGUAUACAUGAUUGUGCAAAAAUUGGAUGCAGCAACUCAAGCUAACUGGGAGGAAAGCUUGUCAAUGAGUAGGAUUCCAAGCGAGGAGGAUUUGCUUUCGUACCUUGAAGGGCGAUGCCAGAAACUGGAGAGCGUUCAGCAUGCCUUGGCGUCUAACCAUGCAGCUCCAAGGCCUGCCAGAAGGACGUUACUUCGUGCCCAGAUCAGCCAGAGUAGCUGCUUCUUUUGUGAUACUCCUGGUCAUGGAAUAUACUCCUGUGGUUCCCUCGCCGGUCUGUCACCUAGUCUUCGGCAAAGGGAAGUAAAAAGACUUUCCCUGUGCUUCAAUUGCCUAAAGAAGGGGCAACACACUCGAACUUGCAAUUCCGCACAUGCGGUGAAAAACACCACACGCUGCUCCAUCAACGCCCAUUCACCGUUGCAAGUUCCUGUUCAUCAAAUAAAUGCCUCAUGUUUCCCAGCACACUCGCAGCCAUCUGUCUCUCUGGCGGCCCAAAGAUUACAUUCUGCAGUUGAGCUCUUGGCCACCGCUAUAGUUCUUGUAAAGAACAGAGCCGGUUCCCUGGUUCCCUGCCGAGUCUUACUAGAUUCUCGAUCUCAACUACACCUAAUUACAUCUCGCUCCACCCAGGAGUUGCAGUUAAGGAAAUAUCGGUCAGCAGCAACUGUAACUGGCCUUGGUGAUACAGCUGUUUCUUCAGAAGGAUCUACAGUCAACAUCUGCCUCCAAUCGGGUUCUUCUGAAUACUCUGCGUCUCUAACAGCACAACUGCCCCCAGCGCUUUGACCUGCUCCUUGGUGCUAAACUAUUUUAUGAUCUGUUAUGCGAGGGCCAAAUUAAGCUGGUUCAUGGAUUGCCUCUACUGCAAAAGACUCGUCUUGACUGGAUCGUGACUGGUGGUGGAGAUAGGGUUCGCGGCAAUACAUCUCUUUUGGCAUCUCAAGGCUUGGAAAAUGGCGAUACCCUACAUCAUGUCCGCUUGGAGGAUCUGGUUAGGCACCUUUGGGAAGUCGAAAAUUUGGACAGUCAUAAUGGCCAGCAAGGAUGAGCUGGAGUGUGAGGAUCAUUUUAUCAAAAACUUCUAUCGUCUUCCCUCUGGCGCUUACUCCGUUCGCUUGCCAAUGAAGCCCCAUGCUAAAGCUCUUGGCGAUUCCUACACACAGGCACACCGAAGGAUUCUUAGUCUUGAACGCGAACUGCAAAGGAAUCCCCAUUUGAAACAUCAACAUGUUGCCUUUAUUAAGGAAUACUUGGAGGUAAACCACAAGGCCAGAGACAGCUCCGAGGCUGUGGGCCUUUGCAAGUAUUUCCUGCCGCACCAUUGCAUUCUAUAGGAGGAAAGCACAACAACCAAGCUGGAGUUAUGCGGCGCCGUGCUGUUAGCCGUAUGCUGAUGAAUGAAGUAAUUAAAAUUUGUAUGUUCAA